AUGACUUCUCUGACGCACAACGACUACACGAUCGCGUGGAUAUGUGCCUUGCCGCUGGAGGUAGCAGCAGCCUGCGUCAUGCUGGACAAAAUGCACAGUGGCCUGCCUCAACCCUUCAACGAUUCAAAUGCCUACCAACUUGGUGAACUAAACGGCCACUACAUUGUCAUUGCCUGCCUACCAGCUGGCGUAUACGGCACAGUUUCUGCCGCGACAGUGAUAUCUCGCAUGCGUUCAACCUUUCCUCGACUUCAGUAUGGACUGAUGGUGGGAAUUGGAGGCGGGAUCCCGAGUAAAAAUAAUGACAUUCUAUUAGGCGAUAUUGUGGUCAGCAAACCGGUUGGAAAGUACGGUAGUGUGAUACAGUAUGAUUAUGGCAAGGCGAUUCAAAGUGGCCAAUUCGAGCCAACAGGAACUUUGAAUAAACCACCACAAGUUCUAUUGACACAUAUGAGUCAAAUGGAGGCAAAACAAACGACUGGGGGUGAGAAUGAUAUCUUAAAAAUAGUGGAGGAUGUACUGGAACGAAAUCCUGACAUAAACGAAAGAUUUUCAUCACCAGAACAGCACAUGGACCUUCUAUUUCAUCCCUCCUAUCACCACGUCACCGGGGAAGAUACCUGUGAAGAUUGUGAUAAAGAACAACUAAUUAAACGGCAUCCACGAGAGACAAGGACACCUUAUAUCCAUUAUGGGUUGAUUACUUCAGGAGAUAAGGUGGUAAAGGAUUCGGAAACACGAGAUCGUCUAGCACAACAGCAUGGAAUCCUCUGCUUUGAAAUGGAGGCAGCCGGCCUGAUGGAUAAGCUUCCGACGCUUGUGAUCCGCGGCAUAUGUGAUUAUUGCAACUCUCAUAAGCAGAAACAGUGGCAAGGAUAUGCAGCUUUGGCUGCGGCGGCUUAUGCAAAAUUACUGUUAUCUGUUAUUCCUAAUAACCGUACAGAUAUGGACCUAAUGAAAUGCAAGAAGAUGCAGCAGUGGAUGGUCUCGCUCGACAGAAAUCCAAGAUUUGUCGGCCGUGAGGAUGAACUCACAAAACUGGAAGAAUUCAUUACACUGAACGAUGGACCGAGGAGGAUUGCAAUUACCGGGUUAGGAGGGGUUGGGAAGACCCAAGUAGCCCUAGAGCUAGCAUAUCGCAUACGGGACAGAGAUACAGAGUGCUCGAUCUUCUGGAUCCCAUGUACCAGCUAUGCAAUGAUUGAGCAGGCAUUCUUGCACAUUGCACAGAUACUCGGACCUCCUGAUGUGGAUCCGGCGGAGGUUAAAGAACGGAUUCAGACAUACCUUAGCACUGAGAUUGCUGGGAAGUGGCUUCUGAUUUUUGAUAAUGCAGACGAUACGGAGAUGUGGUUAGCCGGUAAUAACACAUCUGCCCUUGAGGACUUCCUUCCUCAGAGCGAGCACGGCCAUAUUCUGUUUACCACCCGCAAUGGCGAACUUGCAGUGGACCUCACAUAUUCUAAUAUGAUUCAUAUGCCAGAUGUCGAUAGAAAAGCUGCAUGUGAUAUCCUAGAGAGCCUAUUGUCACAGAAAAGCUUACUUGAUGACCAUUCUAUGACAGCUAAUCUGUUAGAACAGCUGGCAUUUCUUCCAAUAGCAAUCGCCCAGGCAUCAGCUUACAUCAACAAAAAGCGCCUAAGUCUGCUUGAAUAUGUGACACUUCUCCAAGAACAGGAACAAGAUGCUGUUGAGCUUUUGAGCGAGGACUUUAGGGACCCAGGACGCUAUAAGGAUAUCCAGAACCCUGUGAUCACAACCUGGUUAAUAUCGUUCAAACAAAUUCAGCAUCACGAUCAGUUAGCGGCAGACUAUUUAUCUUUCAUGGCUUGUAUAAAUCCACGAAAUAUUCCCCAAUCCCUACUUCCACAACCAACGUCCAGGAAGCAGAAAACUGACGCCCUGGGACUUCUAAAUGCAUAUUCUUUCAUCAGUGGCCGAGAUUUGGAUAUAAGCAUGCAUCGACUUGUACGUAUGGCGACCCGAAACUGGCUUAGAAAGAAUGCACUGUUUAGCCACUGGAUCCAACAGGUGGCUGAACAAAUGCAAAGAGUGUUUCCAGAUAACCAUCAUACCAAACGAGGACUCUGGCGGGAAUAUCUUCCUCACGCUUUAGCACUUGUGCAUAAAAAUGAAUUUGUGGUACAAGAGAACAAUUACCUAGAUUUGACCGGAAAGGUUGCAAAUUGCCUUGCCAGUGAUGGAAGAUAUCAAGAAGCAGAGCAUACCUCCACUCUGACCAGCAUGGCGAACCUGGCAUCAACCUACCGGAAUCAGGGUCGAUGGAAGGAAGCUGAGAAGCUGGAGGUGCAAGUAAUGGAGACAUCCAAGACAGUGCUGGGAGCUGAGCAUCCCUCCACUCUGACCGGCAUGGCAAACCUGGCAUCAACCUACCGGAAUCAGGGUCGAUGGAAUGAAGCUGAGAAGCUGGAGGUGCAAGUAAUGGAGACAUCCAAGACAGUGCUGGGAGCCGAGCAUCCUGACACUCUGACCGGCAUGGCAAACCUGGCAUCAACAUUUUGGAAUCAGGGUCGAUGGAAUGAAGCUGAGAAGCUAGACGUGCAAGUAAUGGAGACAUCCAAGACAGUGCUGGGAGCCGAGCAUCCUGACACUCUGACCAGCAUGGCGAACCUUGCCUAUACUUGGAAAUCUCAGGGAAAAAUGCAAGAUGCCUUGACUCUGAUGAAGCAAUGCUCUUACCAACGCAACAAAGUGUUAGGGCCUAGCCACCCGGAUUCCAUGUCAUCCUUUCGUGCUCUUAAUAAUUGGAUGGAUGAGUAUAAUGCAUUAAUAGAUAAAGCGCCGCUCACUGGGAACAGUUGUCUGCAGCCUCUGCGAGAAGUUGCAGCAGGAUCUAGAGCAGCUGUGCAAACCACCCAAUCGACACGUGGAGCGCACAUCAAUCUACCUUAUGCUCCAGCUGUUAAAUCAUUCCUCGGAAAUCACCCGCUCAUCAUAGCUGCUAGAACACCCUCGCCUAGGGCCGAAGGUCAAGACAUACAAGAUGUUGAUUAGUUUGGAGCCGCCAUAUUUUCACCCUACAGCUGGACAAAAGACAACUUAUUGGAGGAGUAGUGUAGUCUCAACCUUGCAACAUACAUAUAGUAUGUGCACAUCAUUGUGUUCUAGCA